GACUUGAGGAAUGCAUUGAUUUGUUUAAGAUAAAAGACUGCAUGAUCAGGAAAGUCCUUGCUACCUUGAUUAUCAGGUGGUAAGUACUUAAGUGAUCGCUGAGUGUUUCAGAACUAGAAUCGUCUCAUUAUGUGUAGGAGUCUUUUGAAUAUGCUUUGUGUCUUCCUCCCUAUUUAGAGUAGUGGCAUUGAAGUCUUCAGAAUAAAAAUUAAGAGGGAGAGGUGAAAGGAAAAUUAAAAGUCAAUGUUUUGAAUAAAAUGCCAAAAGUGAGUUGUCUUGAUUACUAUAUAAAAAUUUUUGGUAAAGCAGAUUAAUAGUUACAAGUUGAAAUUGUUUCGUGUGUGUCAUUCAGAGUACAGAAUUGAGCUCUCCAGAUCUCACCAAAAAAUACGUGCAUAUAUGUCUUGUGUUACCAUGCAAAGAACAGAAAUGACUGUCAUUUUUCAUGGGCUUUUACCGGAGGCAGGGAAUUUAACAUCAAACAAACAAACCAACAAACAAAUCACCUUUUUCUUUCCCUCCCAGCAACAUUUUUGUCACUAAGGUAAGGAUUGCACAGUAUGGUUAACCCGAUAGGUUCCAUUAUGCUUUUUUACCCCUGUUCUUUCAUGCCCAUUUGCUGUUUCCUAUAUGCGGCCAGCCAGCUGAACUGUCAGGAGUGGAGCAUAUGCAGCUUUCCUUCUCUUACAGGUUGACAGAAGUCAGCUCUGUUUCAAGUCCCUUUAAGAAACUCAGGCUGCUGCUAUCUAGAUCUUUUUUUCUUCUAGAUUUGAAGCAGUUUCAUGGUCUUCAUGCAAAAUGGCCAAAUGAAGGGUUUAUCUUUUUUUUUUUUUGUUUUAACUGGAUUUUUAAAUUACAUUCUAAUGUGCUCUGUGAUUAAAAAGUUUGUUGUGCAGGAACAGUGUAUUUUAGAUUCUGUGACAGCAGGUCAGAUUCAGCCCAAGCCUGAAGAUGAAUCCACAAAAUGUUUUUGACCGUAGCCUACUUAAAAAUUCACCUCACAGACUUCCACACUAUUGGCACAGUCAGCAGCUUAUCCCCAUAAAAAAGUGUAGCUCUUCUGUACUAUGGCAGCUGAAUUGCAAAUGCUUGCUUCAGGUCAAGGCUAACAUCUUUGAUAAGACAUUGUGGGAAACCUUGCAUUACAGCUGUCGUUGUUGUAUUUGCCCUGUAGAUCAAGGACUUCAUUUUAGAAAAAUCCAAGCGUGUAAGCUUGGUGCUCAGUUUAUCUCUUGAGUUAGAAUGCGUUCCUCUGGAAUAAGGAGCGCCUUUUAAUUCUAAAUAACCUCCUUCUCUAUACCGAACUCAUCUUGGAUAUUAUUUACCAGGAGUAAGUCUAGUAAGGCCUGAUUAAAAUACUACUUCAUUCCCUGUUUCUUAGAAAUGAAGUAAAAAAAUUUAAGCCUGCUGGUAUUCAGAAUUUUUGUGUAUAAAUUGUAUUUGGCAUCAUUGCAUUGCUGUGAUUUCAAAUCCCACACUUGUGUAUAACAUCCUGGAAUUUUUUUAUGCUAGAAUAUCCUUAGUUACAUUCAGGACCAGUAUCUUGUGGUGUCUGUGCUUUAGGAGAGGGUUUCCUUUGCACUUAGCUUCUGCAGAAGUUUAGUGGUACAAUUAGUUGAUAGUACCACUAACAGGCUGGGUUUAUUCAUUAUUACUGUGGAAUUUGCAUGUAAAAAGAUAAUGCCCGUUUAUAACUCAGUUUUCCUUUGAGACAUCUUUCCCUUUUGACGCACGCUGAUCAAUUUUCUGGGUCUUUGGUUACCUCGAAUCGCUGCAUUUAGAGACUCUCUUAUAACAACUCAGAAAAUUCAGGUAGGGCCAGGCGUGUGUGCUUCUGGAACUGGUCAGGCAGUUCUGUUGCUUUCUUCUGGAUUUCCCAGGAACUCACUGUUUUAUUCUUUCUUUCAUCCUUUUUUUAAUGUUUCAAUCAAUAUAUUUGCAAAAACAGGUAAAUAUAUCAAUCCUUAUAUCUUAACAGUGUUACUUAUGUUAAUCUGUGUAAUUUACCUUACUAGAAUGAAAUUUAGGGGAGGGGGGAAUCAAACAGAAGCAAAGGGGCUGCAAAUAAAAUCUUCAAAGCUGGAGAGCACUGAGCCAGCCCUUGCUUGCUAAACCCAACAGCAACAUGAUCUCACUCUGAGGUUGAAAUCUGUCUUCUCUGACUCUGCCUGGAGGAGUGAGGAGUUUAUGUAAAUGAAAAUUGCUUAGAUUAUAGCAGCUGCCUAUAGACACUUUCCGAAAUAAGGUGUACAGGAGGCCUGUUAUACGGGCACUGCGGGAUGGAAACAAACUAGCACAGAUGGAAGAGGCUCCACUUUUUCCUGGAGAAUCAAUCAAAGUUAUUGCUAAAGAUGUUAUGUAUAUCUGUCCAUUUAUGGGAGCAGUCAGUGGUACACUAACAGUGACGGACUUCAGAAUGUAUAUCAAAAGCGUUGAAAGGGAUCCACCUUUUGUUGUUGACGUUCCACUUGGAGUUAUAAGUAGAGUUGAAAAAAUAGGAGUACAGAGCCAUGGAGACAACUCAUGUGGUAUAGAAAUAGUUUGCAAGGAUAUGAGAAAUUUGCGGCUGGCGUAUAAACAGGAAGAGCAGAACAGAUUGGAGAUUUUUGAAAACCUUGUAACACGCGCGUUUCCUGUUUCUAAUGGGCUGCCUCUCUUUGCAUUCAGCUAUAAAGAAAAGUUUGCUCUUAAUGGCUGGAAAGUGUAUGAUCCAAUGGCAGAAUAUAAGAGGCAGGGCUUGCCCAAUGAGAGUUGGAAAAUAUCCAAAAUCAACAGCACCUAUGAGCUUUGUGAUACAUACCCUGCUGUUCUUGUUGUGCCAACCAGCGUAAAGGAUGAUGACCUCUCAAAAGUGGCAGCGUUUAGAGCAAAAGGCAGAGUUCCAGUGUUAUCCUGGAUUCAUCCUGAGAGCCAAGCAACAAUAACACGAUGCAGUCAGCCAUCAGUAGGCCCAAAUGAUAAGCGUUGCAAAGAAGAUGAAAAAUAUUUGCAGACAAUAAUGGAUGCCAAUGCUCAGUCACAUAAACUUACCAUCUUUGAUGCCAGACAGAAUAGCGUUGCAGAUACAAACAAGGCAAAAGGUGGAGGAUAUGAAAGUGAAAGUGCCUACCCAAAUGCAGAGCUGGUCUUUCUGGAAAUUCAUAAUAUACACGUAAUGAGAGAAUCCCUGCGUAAACUUAAAGAAAUAGUUUAUCCUACUAUUGAUGAGACUCGGUGGUUAUCAAAUGUGGACUCCACACAUUGGCUGGAAUAUAUAAGGAUGCUUCUUGCUGGAGCAGUAAGAAUUGCGGAUAAAAUUGAAUCUGGUAAAACAUCUGUAGUGGUACAUUGCAGUGACGGUUGGGAUCGAACUGCACAGCUUACCGCGCUGGCUAUGCUUAUGCUGGACAGCUAUUACAGAACUAUCAAGGGGUUUGAAGUUCUUAUAGAGAAAGAAUGGAUAAGUUUUGGACACCGAUUUGCAAUGCGAGUAGGACAUGGAGAUGAUGAUCAUGCUGAUGCAGACAGAUCUCCCAUUUUCCUUCAGUUCAUUGACUGUGUUUGGCAAAUGACAAAGCAGUUUCCUGCAGCCUUUGAAUUCAACGAGUUAUUUUUGAUCACGAUUCUGGAUCACCUCUAUAGUUGUCUCUUUGGGACUUUCUUAUGCAACUGUGAAAAGGAGAGAUUGAAAGAGGAGCUAAGCACAAAGACUAUAUCGCUGUGGUCCUAUAUAAACAGCCAGUUAGAUGAGUUCACAAAUCCUUUCUACGUCAACUAUGAAAACCAUGUCCUGUACCCUGUUGCCAGCCUGAACCAUUUGGAACUAUGGGUGAACUACUAUGUCAGAUGGAACCCAAGGAUGCGGCCUCAGGUUCCAAUCCAUCAAAACCUGAGAGAGCUCCUCGCCAUCCGGACGGAGCUUCAGAAGAAGGUUGAAGAUUUGCAGCGGGAAGCUGCUACGCGAUCCAUUUCUUCCUCCUCUGAUCGAGGUUCAUCUCCUUCUCAUUCAGCCACACCGGUGCACACCUCCGUGUGAUGUCUAACAAAAGCCAUGUGAAAAGAAAUUGUGGCAGGUAACACAGAGAGGAGGGUGAAAUGCUUUUCCCAUCACAAAAGGAUUGUGAGUGACUUGUAAUUGCUAUGAUCUACAUGCCUUACUCUGUGUCUGAUAUUACCAUGAUGAGGCCAAAAAGAGCUUCAGUAGAUGGGGUGUAUUUCCUUGUUGGCAGUUCCCAUGUGUGUUUUGACAUCUCUAGCUAAAUCACCAAUUGUGAAAUUAAACUUUGUUUUGAGCAACUAACAAUUUAGCCAUCCUAAAAAGGAAUCCAUCUGCCAAGCAGACAGAAAAAUGCCUCACGCUGCCUGGGGUACCAUGCCUGGUUGAGAGAAUCAGAUUAAAUGCCACAUGAUGCUUACACAGAACACAGAAUGUUUUUCUGAAUGGGAGCUCCUUAUUUCACUCGGUAAUAUAUAUAUAUAUUUUUUUUUUGGCUAGAGCAAUUUAUAUUUUUUAGGUAAUUAAUGCACUUGGAAAUUUAUUUUAAGAUAAGUGUUUUCCAGUGUAGUCAGUUUUACAUUUUGACUAAAUAUGCCAUUAAAAGUGGGUGAAGUUAAGCUGGAUUUAUCAAGUAUACCACACUGACUUGUAUGAUGUAAUAUAUUUGGUAAAGCACGUAUUUUAGGUUUUUUAAUGCCUUUUGUACAAGUUGAAAUAAAGUCUUUUGACUGUUUAGCUUAUUGUUCGGUUUCAGCCUCCUGAGCGAGGGGUAAACUUACUCAUGUCAAAGUCUUGUACAAAGUAAAAGUUUGUUUUCUAGCAAAUGGUAAUAUUUGGGGUUGGAAUGACACCCAGCUGUGUAAAUUGUAUAGUCUGUAUAGCUCCACAUUUUGUCAAGCGUGUUUUGCUUUAAAGUGUACACACAAAAUGCAAAGCUGUGUCCAUUUAUGCACAUGUGUAUGUGAUGUUAAACAUAUGCAUACUCCCGUGGUUUUAAGCUGGAAGUUCAGAAAAUGGAUCCUGCCUGUCCAAACUCUUUUGAAGACCUUAACGUGUAAUGACUUUGUUUGACAAAGUUUUUAAAUAAUAUGAUCUUAA